AUGAACGAAGGACAAUCAUCUACGAGGAAUAUCCGGCGCGCCAAGGCAUGCAAUACCUGCCGCCGAAAGAAGGUCAAAUGUGACGGAAAACGGCCUGCUUGUUCACCCUGCCACGCCUUCGGCUUGCCAUGUGCCUAUCAAGAUGUCGCGGAACGCCGGAAUCGCGGAAUAAGGGCGUAUAUAGAGGAGCUAGAGCAACGUAUCGAAAGAAUGCAAUCGCAAUUGGAGAGUCUGAGCGGGUCUGCCAACGAAACUCGGCAGAACGCGGAAACGCCUCGAGAAUCAACAUCGCCUUCUACUGAAGACAGAGAACCAGCAUAUCAGGCCCCGAGGACACAUGUCUCUGAGAAUGACCAGAUAGCAUCGGAACCCGGCCUUUCGCUCUCCACAGAUGGCCGCGAGAAUGAUCAGUCCUAUGUGAUCAACGCCCAGGACGGUAGAAUGCGCUACUUUGGAGCAUCUUCUGCAUUUUCUGCUCUGUCAAAUACCGCAGUCAAUGGACCAGACAACCAAACACAGAUGGGAGCCCGGCGACGUGUACCCCAACGAAGUACUGCAUGGCCACUUACAAGCUGGGUGCCCCAUAUUCUUCAAGACAGUCUAGAGCGACGCAACUUCCAACCCCUUCCGUCUAAGAAAGCGGCACAGCAAUUGGCCAGAGAAUAUUUCUCGACAUUCAGCCAAGCCAUUCCUCUUUUUGACGAGACAACAUUCAUGCGGUCCAUCGACAGACAAUACUCAUGGAACCCUGAUGAUAGCGCAUCAUGGUGGAUAGCGCUCAAUAUUGUCCUUGCCAUAUCAUACAGAGAAAGGGCACACGCAUCCUCUGACGGAAGCGACAACUGGAGGAAGUCGCUAGGACAUGUCAAAAACGCAUUAAACGCUGUCACUGAUGUCUUUCUCCGAAAUACUGACCUCCUUGCUGUUCAAGGACUCCUAGGUCUGGCACUUUACUUUCAGGGCACACCUAAUCCACAGGCCCUCUUUAUGUUUGCGGCUACGGCAAUGCGCCUCGCCCAAUCCAUCGGAUUGCAUAGGAACCCCGCGCAUGGAACUUCACCCGAAGACGAGCAAAGGCGAAGAACGUUUUGGAUUGCCUUCCUCUUGGAUUCAGAUAUCUCCAUACGAGUGGGUCGUCCACCGGUCCAAGAUAUUGAAGAUUAUGACACAUCUUUACCCACCGAGAAUCCUCACGAUGGCAAGGGUAUAUUGACUAUCGACGGCACCAGGAUCAACUUUUUCCGUCUACUGGUGCAAUUCGCCCUGGUUCAGCGCCAUGUUUACAGGCAUCUUUACACAGUAAUUGUUCGUCGACAGCCCAGCGAGAAAGUGCUUGAUGAAGUAAAGUCUUGCGAAGAGGCCCUAUUGGGGUGGCAGAAUUUUAUACCUCCGACUCUUCAGCCUCAGCGUACAUUUUCCUGCCAACCCAGUUAUUUCUUACAACAUUUACUCCGAUUGCACUUUGCCUACCAUUGCUGUUACUCCAACCUUUACCAGGUGAAUGUUAUCUAUUUUCCUGCUGCAGCAUCCGUCCCAUUAGCCCUAAAGCUGCUCAGAGAUCCUACACAUUCAUUUGCCAGUGUCGACCUUGCAAUGAUUCGGGACAUUGUUGACUUCCUCGCAAAUACUGCAUCUGAGGAGCCUGGUACCUAUGUCGACUACAUUUUGGGUAUGUGCUCAGACCUAGAGCGCUCUGCUAGACAGGCCGUCGUGACAGCACAGCUUGGUCGUCGUCAAUCUGGUAUCGGGACAGAUAAAGAAAAUCCGGGACCCGAUGAAUCUAGCGAGGAUACCAGCCGCCCAGCUUGCCCCGUACAUAGUACGCUAUCGGCGCCGUCAGCUAGCGCCCCUAUGAUGGAUGAACGGAGUGCAAACCCCACCAAUAUGCUACCGCAACAACCAUAUCCUGACAUUGAUUAUCCGACACUCGGGCCCGAGUAUGACAUGACAGCGGAGUGGCAGUGGUCUCUGCCCCCAUUCUGGAAUUGGCAGGAUAUUUUCCCUGGUGUGUCCAUUCCUGCUGUUUCAGGUGGGGACAGACCAGAAGUGGAUAUGCCUGAUAUUUAA